AUGUACAACGGGAUUGGGUUACAGACGCCAAGGGGUUCUGGAACAAAUGGCUAUGUUCAAACCAGCAAGUUUUUGAUUAGGGGGAAGACGUCGAAAGUGGUUGUGGAUAGAAACUUGAGGUUUGGCCCUGAUCAGGGUAUGGGUUGUAUUGGCAAGAAGGCGAAUAAAGAGAUCUUGGAGCAUGAUCAAAAGCGCCAAAUUGAGCUUAAGGUUGUGAUCUUGGAGGACAAGCUAAGUGAACAAGGCUACAAUGAUGCUGAUAUUGUUGACAAGUGUGAGGAUUUUCGACAUAAGCUAGAAGCUGAGGCUUCUGCUAUGGCUGAGGAUGGUUAUGGCGGUGGCUUUAUUGUUUCUGAUAAGAAGUAA